AUGAAGAAAGACAACAGUGCCAAGCAAACAGGGGAACCCCCCCUCGGCAGGGCGCACAUAGAAAAGUACCAUGCAAACCCAUUUACAAACUCGAAAGAAGAUUACUAUAAUGAAAAAAUAUUGAGAAUAAUAUGUUCCAUAUUGUUGUGUAAAAAUAUAAAAAGGGUAGAUUGUGUAGUUUUAGAUUUGCUUUUUAAUUUUUUUAUAAAAAUGGUUAAAACGAUCGGAAUGAAUUGCAGGAAGUUCUCUUCCCUUAGAGGAAGUGUUGUUGUAAAUUACAUCGACAUAAAGCAUUGUGUAAAAUUGGCCCUAAGUAAUUUGUACGAAGAAAUUUACACGGUGAGCAAUUUUAAUAACCUCUUUGCCAGCUCCCCAUAUGAAGUUGAAGAGGAGGAGGAGGAGGAUGCUGUUAAGAAAAAAAAUCAUAAUUAUAUCAACGUUUUGCAAAACUCGUACUUGUACUACAAGCACCUGUGCAUGAAACAGACGGAAAAAUACAACUCGAUGGAGAACCUGGAUGGUACGAACCCUCUGGACAAUCUGAACAACGUGACCACCUUGAAUUAUCUCACCAUUGGGAACAACUCUCCAUCAAAUGAAAAUGUAAACGUUUUAUUUUUAAAUGAAAAUAUCGAUAUUGAAAAAUAUAAAGAAAUUAUGAAAUUAAAAAAAAAAUAUGUACAUGAUCAUAUGCCCAUUAUUCCACUGUCUCUGAAUCGAAAAGAAAAAAAAACGGGACUUUACAAUGACAAGACAGAUUAUUACAUGGAUAUAUCUUCUUCCGGUAGCUCUUCCGCUAAAUCUGUAUCGUCUUCUUCGUCCGAAUCAUCUCAUCCUUCUAGUGAUGAUUCGGAUUUUUUCCAUCACAUAAACGGAAAUAGCGCAGAGGGGAAAGAGCUUGAGAGUCACACAAAGGAAGACAUGGGACAGGAGAAAAUGCAGGUGUUAAGCCUUCUUCCGAAGCUGAGGGACAUAUAUAUGCAGAACGGAGAGCGUGCUCGCCGGGGGACAGACCGUCAGGCCCCUCCGGAGUCCAUGUUUAAUUCACUGAAUAUUUUUGAGACCCCAGAUGGGGGUAGCCGUUAG